CCCACGGAGAAGGAGUGCUUUUCACGUACGCGGCUUCUUCUCGAGCAGAAAUGCCUCAUCGAUGUGCUGCUGUAGGCUGUACGAACUCUAGCAAGAAAGCACCGAAGAAACGUUUCUUCAGAUUCCCUGCGGGCAAUCUUCACGCAGCAAAAAGGAAGAAAUGGGUGCAAGCGAUGCGACGUGUAAACGAAGACGGAUCUCCAUGGGAGCCGACAGCCAACUCACGCGUAUGCAGCGACCACUUCGUCACAGGGGCGCCGUCGCGCGUUAUUCACCAUCCGGAUUAUGUGCCGUCGGUCUUUAAACACAAGUGUUCGACCAGCACUGGAGCACUGGAACGCUUUGAAAGAUUAAGAAAGAGGCAAGGUCAUGCCAAGGCUCAGCGGACAAGCCAUGUUUCAAGCACCAAAGCACCUGGCGUACAACACUCGCAGCAUGCUGAUGCAGUGACUGUGGGCAGGGAAGAGGUGCCGGCAAGACCAGAAAGUGAAGUGGCCUCCUCCAGCAGCUUGCCCAGAGAUGACGGAGCUCAGGAUGCUACCAUCUUGGAUAACGGCUGCCAGACCAAUAAUCACCUGCUAGAACGAAUACAGCAGCUUGAGGGUUUCCUAAAGGAUGAAAGGCAGAAGAGCUCUGACCUGGAGUCAAACCUCACAAGAAGCACGGCGAAUGCGGAGUACUGGAAGAUGCGCUUCCGUGAAUUGAAAUCUGCAAGGCUGUGCCUGGAGAAUAUGAAAUGUACUGAAGACAUGCUGUAUUACACAGGCAUCCCCUCUCAAGCGGUUUUCAAGCACAUUCUGGGCUUAGUGUUGAAACAAAGUCCACGGCUUUUAAGAAGUGAGGAGAGAGGGGCACACAGUGUCGAGGACCAGAUGUUCAUGGUUCUGGUGCGCUUGCGCACAGGAAUGCAGAUGAAGGAGAUCUCACGGAACUUUUCGAUUUCCAUGGCCACCUUUAGCCGUAUCUUCUCGAAGUGGGUCCUGGCACUGAGAAAGGCACUUGUUGCAGUGACUAGGUUCCCAAGCCUUGCUGAAGUCCAACAACAUCUCCCGCCUCAUUUCAGGAAGUAUCCAAACACUCGUAUUAUCAUUGAUGGUACAGAAGUUCGUAUCCAGAAGCCUUCCGGCCUUAAUGCCCAAAAACAGACAUUUUCGAACUACAAGUACACAAAUACAAUGAAGUGUCUUGUAGGAGCAACCCCAGAUUGUUACGUAAGCUUUGUCUCCGCACUAUGCACAGUGAAUCUCUUUCAAUAG